GUGCUUGCUGGUCCACCGGCGCGCGGUCUUUCGGCGACCGGCGAAGGAGGGAGAAUGACGGCAUCCUUUUGCUCGCCUUGGUCCGUCUCGUGCGCUCCCUCCUCUGUUUCGAUCCAGCCGCUUUUUUUGCUUCUUCUUUUUUUCUUUCUAUAGGUCGUGUCUCCACAAAGGAUCGCCUUGGUCAGUCACACGCACGCGCGGGCUCCCAUGCACUCUCCAUGCACCCAAAUCGUGCACACCCAUCCGUUUGGUGCAGCGGGUGGGAUGCUGCGCUGCACCAUCAAUUGAGUCGCUUGUGUUGCUUCCUUCUAGGACCCUUUCCGUCAAGCAGCCUGUAUUUUUUCUUUUCGAUCCUGGGAUUCGUAGCGAUGAAUAAACUCGAGGGUAAGCAGAUGGUGCGAGACCGAGCGAGCGUAUAGUGGUCGUCGAUCCUCGUCGGUCAGACCAGGGUCUUGCUGGAACAAAUGGCCGGGGGAGCGGAACAAGCUGUCAGAGCCUUCGCCGGAAAGCUGCAGAUAUCCGGUGGAGAGGAAGAAAGAAAGACAAAAGGACGAAAAGCAGAAUGGAAAACGGACAAGAAACAGCGAGGCUGGAGGAAAGCCAGAAAAGGGGAGCAAGGGGAACAAAGACAAGUGACGGGGGAAAAGGGUACCCAAUACAUAUGACGGGGAACGAGCCAAGGUACGACGAACUGCACGUCACGACGCCAACAUGCGAGGGGAGCAACCAACCAUGUAUCCCACCUCGCGGCUACGGACCUACCCAUCUAUUGGGACACGCCCAGGUCCGCCGAACAUACCCUGCUCGCUUCGUCAUGGCCGUUCGGGGGCGGGCUGCGGUAUUGCCAGCCAUGCUUUCCCACUGCGCGGGUAAGGCUCCUCGUUAGAGGGAAGAGAGAUAAGAAACGCCGGCCCAGGGAAGAAAACAUUACGGGGCUUGCCGAAGCAGCCUACGACCUAAGGCCUGCCUGCCCUC